AUUAAGGAAUCCUUGAUGAAUGGGCUUUAGUUUAGGCCACCUCUCCAUAAAGGAAACCAAGCCCAACACAAAUGUCCAUAAAAGGGCAGAAGACACUGCAAGCUAUGAUAUAAUACAUCACUUCCAUUUAAUAGCUGAUAACUAAUUCUAGACUAUAUCGAGAAAAAAUUGUGAGAAAUGUCGUCUCUAAUUGGUAAGGUUGAGACCGAUGUAGAGCUUAAAGCUUCUGCCGAGAAGUUUCAUGAUAUGUUCUGCAACAGACCUCACCGUAUAUCCAAUGCUAGCUCCGAUAAGGUACAAGCAUGUUCUUUACAUGAGGGUGACUGGGGGAAGGAGGGUUCCAUCAUCUGCUGGAAUUACGUUCAUGGAUGGGAGGCUAAAGUUUUAAAAGAGAUAGUUGAAUCGGUUGAUCCAAAGAACAACUCACUCUGUCUCAGAGCGAUUGAAGGAGACCUUUUAAAGGAGUACAAGAACUUCCUAAUCAAACUUCAAGUUUCCCCAAAGAGCAACGGUCAGGGCAGUAUAGCACACUGGACUAUGGAGUACGAAAAGCUGCACGAGGGUAUUGCACAUCUAGAGACUCUUCUGGAGCUCGCAGUCCAAGUCUCCAAAGAUGUCGAUUCCCACCUCCUUCCUAGGCAAAUUCAGGUGAAGCAACCAGAAAUGUCGUCUCUAAUUGGUAAGGUUGAGACCGACGUAGAGCUUAAAGCUUCUGCCGAGAAGUUUCAUGAUAUGUUCUGCAACAGACCUCACCAUAUAUCCAAUGCUAGCUCCGAUAAGGUACAAGCAUGUUCUUUACAUGAGGGUGACUGGGGGAAGGAGGGUUCCAUCAUCUGCUGGAAUUACGUUCAUGAUGGGGAGGCUAAAGUUUUAAAAGAGAUAGUUGAAUCGGUUGAUCCAAAGAACAACUCACUCUGUCUCAGAGCGAUUGAAGGAGACCUUUUGAAGGAGUACAAGAGCUUCCUAAUCAAACUUCAAGUUUCCCCAAAGAGCAACGGUCAGGGCAGUAUAGCACACUGGACUAUGGAGUACGAAAAGCUGCACGAGGGUAUUGCACAUCCAGAGACUCUUCUGGAGCUCGCAGUCCAAGUCUCCAAAGAUGUCGAUUCCCACCUCAUCCAAGGAAACUAAAUAACUAAGCCAGGAUCCAUGAUCAAGAUUGAAAUCUGCGUUUGAUAUGUGUAAGAAUAAAUAAACAGUGUGAGAUAUAUAUCAUCUGUUGAUGUCUUGAGCUUUUAAGUGUGUGGAAUGCCUAAUCUCUCUCUGUAUAUUUUCUUAUCUUUGGUGUAUCAAGUGAAUAUGUAUGUUGUGCUUCUAUUUUUGUGAUCAUAUAUAUGUGUGAUCAUAUAUAUGUUCACAAACAUACCUUCUAUUUAUAUAUAAUAUUCCACAUCAGAUUCAAUAUUCCUCUACCCUUUGCCUUAUUG